ACGGGCCGCUCAUCAUAACAACGACACCGUCUCUUAUAUAACGAAGGCCCCGGUGGCUCUGUAGAAGACUCCUCUCUCGGUUUCAGGAGGUACUCCAUACGCGUCUUGAAGAUCUUACCAAGCGAAGCUACAAUGUACCAACAGGCGAGCCUUUACAGAGGACCUUCUAGGAAAGAAAAGCCUAGAGGACGGCAUCAUGGAUUAACCCAACAGAAGAGGCAGGAGAUUAAAGAAGCGUUUGAGCUGUUUGACACUGAUGGCUCAGGAACUAUUGAUGCCAAGGAGCUGAAUGUUGCCAUGAGGGCUCUUGGUUUUGAGAUGACAGAAGAGCAAAUCAACCAAAUGAUUGCAGAUGUAGACAAGGAUGGCAGUGGCGCAAUUGAUUUUGAUGAAUUCGUGCACAUGAUGACUGCCAAAAUCGGAGAAAGGGACACAAAGGAGGAGCUUAUGAAAGCAUUUCGAAUUCUUGACCAGGAUAACAAUGGGAAGAUAUCUGCCGUUGAUAUAAAGCGCAUAUCGAAGGAGCUCGGAGAAAGCUUCACGGAUAGAGAAAUUCAGGAGAUGAUUGAGGAGGCUGACCUAGACCGUGAUGGUGAGAUCAACGUCGAUGAGUUCAUAAGGAUGAUGAGGAGGACAUCAUAUGGCUAUUAGAGCUCUCAGACUCUUUAGCGAUGCAUAAUAUAUAGCUGUUACAUGUGUGUAUGUGGAAGUCAGUACAUGGGAUUGGGAUGCCUGAAUCUGCAUCUUAGCUCUUUAUUCGGUAUGCCUUUUGAUGACAAACUAUGUUUCUUUACUGAUGCUUUCGGUGAAUGCAUGUGUAUGACUGGUAACUACUGCUCUGCAUUUUGGACCCGAACUUUUUCUCAUAUCUGAUUAUCGAUACCAAAAUUCAUCUUUCA